AAAUACAAAUACACGCGCUUCUAAUGUUAUGGGGAGAAGAAUUGGUUAUGCGACAUGUGAACAUAAAGCCUAUUUUGGGUUGUCCGAAACCCUCUUCUUCGCCCUCCGGCCCUGCAACCCACCAGGUCCAUCGUCCACCGCAGCUGGGAGCUCUCGCAGGUUCUCCGCCGACAAUCCCGGAAGUUGAAAGAAAUGAAGCGGGACCCAGAUGGAUGUCCAACUACUAAAGCUCGGAAGUUGAAGUUUACGCCAAAAAUACCUGCUCGGAAGGCACCAAAGCCUUCCAUAGCUGAAGCGGAGCCAUCUGAGGCCAAUGAUGAUGUUGUCAGCAAGGAGCUGCUUUUGAAGAUUCAGAAAACAACGAGUGGUGCCGCUUUAGGAAGGAGAUUCCCAAGGAGUGAUAGGAAUGUUGCUCCAACGGAAGUUGCAUUUGGACUUGGAAAUUCCACAUUAGCAAGAUCAUUCCCAAGAGUUGGGGAUAAAGGAAACCAGACUCAGACUCAAGAUAUGUCUGAUGAACCGAGCCCAAAAGUAAAGGAAUACGUUGAACCCUGGGAUUGUGCCCGUUCAUAUUAUCCAAUGACCCUUCCUUGGAGAAAGCCCAACUCAGGAAACCCAGAAAUUCUCAAUGAAAAGGAAUUUGGGGAAGCCUCAGCAAGUGCUGCACUAGAUGAGACUCAGAUUAAUCCGGCAGAGGAGCUUGGAUUGAUGGAAAAGAUGGAAGAAGCGCAGAUGCUAUUUCUUCAGUUCCCCGCAAACCUUCCAUUGGUUAAUAGAUCUGCUUCAUCUAUGAGUUCCUCGAGUACUGUCGGUAAGAAAGAGCAUGGAGCUAUGAAGGGCUGCAAGUUGGAAGAUCUUUCUGCAGGAUAUAUGGGGAAAAUAAUGGUGUACAAGAGUGGGAAAGUGAAGAUGAAGCUGGGAGAUGUACUCUUUGAUAUUUCUCCUGGAGUGAAGUGCGAGUUUGUGCAAGAUAUUGCUGCAAUUAACACCAAAGAGAAGCACUGCUGCAUUCUUGGGAAGCUCAACAAGCGCGCUGUCCUAACUCCAGAUAUAGAUUCUCUUUUGGCUUCUAUAGAUAAUUCAAAUUAGCUUUAAAACUACUCUUACCGUAGAUAAGAAUCUUGAAACAAGAUGAUGGUUAGAUGAAUCAUGGCAAGUUGUUGUGUAGUUUGUGUUAGCUCUAAAGCUACUCUUCCUGUAGAUAAGUAAGAAUCUUGAAACAAGAUGAUGCUCACGUGAAUCAUGGCAAGUAGUGUAGUCUGUAUUAGCUUUAAAGCUACUCUUACUGUCGAUAAGAUCCUUGAAACAAGACAAUGCUCAGUUGGAGUAUGGCAAGAAGGUGUGCCAAUAGUAACUACCUGAUCUAAUUGAAUGCUAUUUGGAAUCAA